AUAAGAGCGAAGUCAAAGAUAAAAUAAUCAAAAUGAUAGCAAGGUAAGAUGUAUUAAUUGCGGAUUUUUAGGAGAUAAAAAUAAUAGCCAAUCACAAGAUGGAAAAAUACAUAUACAGUUACGUCAAACGUUGCAAUAUACCAUAUAGGUACCGAGCGGUUCAAAAGUUAGAGGGGGGGCAACGGACUUUAUGUCCUCACUGUAUGAUAUCCCAUGGGUAUUAGAACCGGUAUUAUUUUGCGGGCUGACUUCGUUUUUUGUCUGCAAGCUUUUGGUUGUUCGUUAGUCGCACUGCAGUGUAGCGUCGCUUCGGUUCUACUUUGUUGCUGUGUUUCCGUUAAUUCGCAUUUAAUAGGGGCGUUGGCCGACAGAUUUUGUAGUGAGGUUAAAUCCGGGAUUUCGAGGACGAAGGUUCUUUGGAGUGGAGGACUAAGCUUUAUCAUGGCUACCGAUAAUUACACAAUCCCAAACGUGGAAAACACAGUCAAAAACAUCGAAGGAACCAUCAAAAACGUAACCAUAUCAAGGUUAACAGCUCCAGGAGAAAACUUCUUAAGCCUGAUAUUCAAAAUCGACUUCGAAGUUGAAGACCAAAAUGGGCAAACAAAAACAAUCAGUACUGUUGGCAAGAGAUUUCCUUUGGGAGAACGACCAGGAGGAAUGGAUUCCAAAUCAAUGACAAACGAAAUCAGAUGGUACCUGGAAAUGGUACCGUUAUUAGUGAAAAGUGCACGGCAAUAUGAAAUACCUAUCGAGUAUUAUCCCAAAUAUAUGGGUUCAAGAUUUAGUUUGGAUCCAGAAGUCAAAAAAGCUGAUGCCGAAUCUGUUUUGUUGCUGGAAAAUUUGAUUCCACAAGGCUUCAAAAAUGAAGACAGGCACAUUGGAUUUGAUUUACAAUCAACCAAAGCCCUUUUAAGAAUGAUGGCCCAAUUCCACGCUCUACCACUUGUAAUGAAAUUCAAAAAUCCACAAGCUUUCAGUGUUCUUAAAGAUUUCCUCGAUGAAACUAAAAUGGAUUUCAAAAAGCCUCCUGCAGAAAAACCCAAAGAUGGCAAGCCUCGAUCACCUCCAGAUCAUUCAAUGGUUUUCGAUGUAAUGCUUAAACUGCCUGGAUGUCAAAAGUAUAAGGAAAAAUUGGAGGAAAUUAAAAAUAAAACUAAAGCGCCUCCAAUGUCGCAUAAACCAGGUCCAGAACCCUGGAACACUGUAGUUCAUUGCGAUUUUUGGGUCAACAACGUUAUGAUUAAGCAUGUAGAAGGCCAGGAGCCCCUAACAAAACUGGUAGAUUUCCAGUUUUACCGUUAUUCUACAUUUGCCAGAGAUUUAGUGUUUUUCCUAUUGACUAGUGUGAAAAAUCAAGUCCAGCUGGAACACUUUGAUGAUUUGCUCAAAUACUAUUACAACCAAUUGACUGUGAUUUUAAACAAAUUCAAUAUUUCUGAGUUGGAAUUGCCUUAUGAUAAAUAUCUGGAUUUAGUCAAAGAGGCAGCAUUGGAAACUGAAACCAGUCACGCAAUUAUUUUUUCGACUGUGGUUUUUGGUGCUAAAGGCCUGGAUAAUCCAGAUCCGCUUGUUGGAGAGGUUGACAUGAUGGAACAUAUGGGAAAUAUGAUUAAAAAUAUGAACGAUAUCCAGAAAACGAAGUUGGAAUUGAUUUGUGAAUUGGCCGGAGAGAGAGGAUGGUUAUAAGAUGUUGAAAUAUUUUAAAAUAAAUGAAAUUUGCAUUA